GAGUCAACAAAGGACACUUGAAGAGCAGCGGAUUAAGAAAUAUGACUUUGUAUGAUCGCGUUUUAAACGCCGAUAUAGACCUUAGUAAUAGUCACGCUACUUCUGUAUCUGCAUUUCUACUGUUUUACAUGAUUGACUAUGCUCUUCAAACAUGUCAAUCAAGCAAUAAAACUGCGAGGAACACUUACUUGUUCAUAAGACUAAGAAAUUAUUCCAUCUCCAUAAUCCACGCUUUUAUAUCCGGACUAAGUUCUCUUAUUUGCCUUAUUUCUUAUCCUGACUUAGUUGGUAAUGUCAUCGAUUCAGAGAACGCAUUCGCUUAUCAUAUUAUGGGUUUCGCGACAGGUUACUUUAUUCACGACAUUUACCAUAAUAUAUGUGGCGGUGUUGGACUAAGAUCGUUGGAGAUAAUAUUGCAUCACAUUACAGUUUUAACAUGCUUUUACGUUGUAUCUUGGUAUAGGAUUCUUGUUUGUUACGCAUUGUUUGGGCUUUUGAUGGAGCUAAACAGCAUAUUUCUUCACGCAAGAAAGUUAAUGAUAUUGCUUAACAUCGACCCUGAAUCAGUAACAUACCGCCUUAAUGCUAUUGCAAAUAUCAUUACAUUUAUCAUCUUUCGUAUAUGUCUUACACUGUCGUUAUUUGGAUGGGGAAUCAUUAACAGGCACAAGUUACCAGUUGUUGUUAGUUGGAUUCUACUUUCGAGUUUCACAGUAUUUACAACAAUGAAUUUCGUUUUGUUCUAUCGUGUUAUCAUAGCGGAACGUCGAAUCUUACAAUUUAAUCAUUAUAAACUUUCUAUUAAUGGUGUGAUGAAAUAAAUUUAUUCUUCAGAAUUCUUGCUAAUGUCAUUUCAGCAUCGCCGUGGUAAUUGCUUAGCAGUUAACCAAUUUUAAGCUACCUUCUCACGUUUGUGUACGUAAAUGAGUACACCUUUUUCAACUUAACUAUAAAAUUGUAAACACUGUACAUUACUUUAAAUUUGUUUCUUCACUGUUCUCUAAUUAUAUUCAUCUACAUGUAAGUGAUAUGUAAAUAAAUGAAUUUUCUUUUUCUUUCUUGAAGAACUGUUAUGUUUUUGGUUCUCUCUCUCUCUCUCUCUCUCUCUCUCUCU